GUUUCUCUCGCAGAGUCGUCGUCGUUCCACUCUCCCGAUAAAAUUACCAUUAUUGUUACUGCUGUCCUGCGACCGGCCAUCACCAUCGUCUCUGCGGAGGAUACCCACGCGAAGGAUGCGCGCCUGAGGAGACCAUCAUUCCAGCAGGUUCGGAACAUUCUCGAAAGGUAGUUUCAAAAGGGUUAGAAGGAUAACGUUCGUACGGGCCGAAGAGAAGGUGCUCAGUUCUGGUGGUCAGAUCGCGUAGUUGCGGUAUCGGCAAAGGUAAAAUGAAUGAGAAGGGGGAACCGUCAGCCUCUGAAAGUCUCGGCAACGAUAUGAGAGAUUAUAACGAGGUCGAUGUCGACAACGACAUGGCUGCGACCGAGCGCGAGCUAGCCGAAGACGCACAAUGGAAGAAAAUACAACAGAAUACGUUCACGAGAUGGGCAAACGAGCACCUGAAGACUGUCCAGAAGCAGAUCCUGAACCUGGAGACCGACCUCAGCGAUGGCCUUCGCCUUAUCACCCUCGUCGAGGUGCUGUCCGGCCGUCGACUGCCUAAGUACAACAAGAGGCCGGCCUUCAGGUCCCAGCAGCUCGAGAACGUCUCCGUCGCCCUAAAGUUCCUCCAGGAAGACGAAGGCAUACGCAUCGUAAACAUAGAUUCCACACAUAUCGUCGAUUGUAAAUUGAAGCUGAUAUUAGGUUUAAUAUGGACGUUGAUCCUGCAUUACUCCAUAUCUCUGCCCAUAUGGGAGGGCGAAGACGAAAUGAGCAACGGUGGCUCUGGCCCUACACCCAAACAAAGACUAAUGAACUGGAUCCAAAGCAAGGUUCCGGAGCUGCCAAUUAACAAUUUCACAACAGACUGGAAUAGCGGUAAAGCCGUCGGUGCUUUGGUCGACGCUGUCGCACCAGGCUUGUGUCCAGACUGGGAGGAUUGGGAUCCUAAAGAUUCUGUGCAGAAUGCGUCUGAAGCUAUGGGGUUGGCCGAUGACUGGCUCAACGUACCGCAGCUCAUCAAACCCGAGGAGAUCGUCAACCCUAACAUCGAUGAGCAGAGUAUGAUGACUUACCUCUCCCAAUAUCCCAAUGCCAAAUUGAAGCAGGGAGCGCCCAUCAGGCCGAAGACUAACCCAAAUAGUAUACCUCCGCCUCGAGUCAGAGUUUACGGUCCAGGAAUCGAACCAACUGGACCGGUUGUCGGAGCUCCGGCUAAUUUCACUGUAGAAACCUUCUCCGCCGGUCGCGGCCCAGUUACCGUCACCGUCGAGAAUCCCAGUGGAAAGUCUGAACCUGUUGAUGUCAGAUUUAACAACGACAGGAAUUUGACCUAUUCCGUGGCUUACACUCCAUCCGCAGAAGGAAAACACAAGAUCACUGUUAAAUUCGCCGGUCGUGAGGUCGUUAAGAGCCCUUACUAUGUCCAAGUAGAAGGUCAUGCAGGAGACUCGACUAAGGUCACAGCAUCCGGACCUGGUCUGCUGGCGGAUGGUGUUUUCGUAGCAAGAGGCACAUAUUUCGAUAUCUUCACUAAAGAUGCUGGUAAAGGAGUCCCAGAGGUGGUGAUCUUGGAUCCCAAUGGUAAAAACGAUGCGAUUCCUGUGAAAGUCCGCCAAACGUCACCUGAUGUUUGGAGGUGUGAGUAUCUGGCGUCUACGAUCGGCUUACAUUCCGUGAACAUUUUCUUCGCCGGAAGAAGCAUUCCAAAUAGUCCCUUCGGAGUGAGAGUGACGCCGGUCUCAAAUGCCAAGAAAGUUAAGGCCAGCGGUAGAGGACUGCAGGCGAAGGGGGUCCGUGUCGGAGAUGAUGCCGAUUUCAAAAUUAACACAGAAGGCGCUGGAGAAGGACAAAUCGAUGUUAAUGUUAUUGGACCGGGAGGAGUCAAGGUGCCUUGUAAAAUAGAGAAAGUAGAUGGUUACAAUUACAACGCCGUUUACCAGCCGAGCAAGGAAGGAAGAUAUGUGGUUAUGGUGACGUUCGCCGGUCAGGAUAUUUAUAGGUCACCUUUUGAAGUAAACGUAGGUCCUUAUAAGGAAACGAUGAUCAGAGCUUAUGGGCCUGGUUUGACCGGCGGUGUGGUCGGUUAUCCAUCCUUAUUCGUUGUUGAAACUAACGGUGAAACUGGAGCAUUGGGCUUCAGCAUCCAAGGGCCGUCACAAGCAAAGAUUGAAUGCUUCGACAACGGAGAUGGAUCUGCAGACGUUAAAUACUACCCGACCGCUCCCGGCGAAUAUGCAGUGCACAUUCUCUGCAACGACGAAGACAUUCCAAAAAGUCCUUACAUUUCUCAGAUAUUACCCAUGACAGAUUAUUAUCCCGACAAAGUAGAAGUGUAUGGACCUGGUAUAGAACCUAAGGGCAUUCAAAAGAAUGUCCCGGCUAAAUUUACUAUUGACCCAAGGGCUGCUGGAUCAGCGCCAGUCGAUGUCAAAGUUGUUGAUGGAAAUUCAAACAGCUUGGACGUUCAACUCAUUCAAAAACCAGAUGGAACUAUCGAAGGAGUAUAUACUCCAAUCAGUGGAAACAAACAUACUGUUCAAGUAAACUACGGCGGAGUAUCUACGAAGAAUUCGCCUUAUAGAGUCCAUGUCACUGAACCAGUCGAUAGUGGGAAAGUUCAAUGUUUUGGACCCGGUCUUGAAAACGGAGUCAAAGCAAACACAAGGACUCAUUUCAAUAUCGAUGCUAGGGAAGCUGGUGAAGGUGAUGUCGAAGUUUUGCUAAUAAACGAAGAUACCAAACAACAAAUUCCAGUACAACUUACUGAUAAUGAAGAUGGUACAUACACUGUUGACUACGAACCUCCAUCUGCUGGUAACCAUUCUAUGACCCUCCACUACAGUGGUGAAAAGGUAGCAAGUACUCCAGUGAAGUUCGCAGUUGUUCCUAACGUCGACAUAUCGAAGAUCAAAGUUGAUGGCCUUGAACCAACGGCCCCGGUGAACAGCUUACAACAGUUUAGAGUCAUCACGCAAGGUGCUGGUAAAGCGGAAUUUUCCAUAUCUAUCACUACUCCAUCAGGCAGUAAAGUGAAGGCGCAUGUAAUUCCAACACACGAGGGUUACCUGGUGAACUUUACACCUACUCAAUUAGGAGAGUACUUAUUGGGCAUUUCUUUCGGCGGAGAGCCGAUCUCGCAGAGACCUUAUAAGAUUACAUGUCUAACAGGAAGCGACCCUUUGAAGGUAAAAGCGUCUGGGCCAGGUCUCCAUAGAGGAGUUGUGAAUAAGCCAGCCGAAUUCAUGAUCGAUACACGUGGUGCCGGCCAGGGUGGUCUUGGUGUUACCGUGGAAGGCCCCUGCGAAGCUGCAAUCAAUUGUCGAGACAAUGGCGAUGGCACUUGCUCAGUUGCGUAUCUACCAACAGAAAUUGGAGAUUAUGGAAUAAAUAUAACAUUUAAUGAAUGCCAUAUACCGGGUAGUCCUUAUCAAGCUAUAAUUGUACCAGAAAUUGAUAUGCAUAAAAUAAAAGUUUCUGGUUGCGGAGUUCAAUUACAUGGUGUUUUUGCCGAUUCUCCGACUGAUUUUCUUGUCGACACUAGGGCUUUGGGGAGACCUGGUGAAACUGAUGAUGGUAAAGUAACUUGCACCAUCACAAGCCCUUCGGGAGCACAAACCAAGAAGAAGGUUACACCACAACUGGAUGGAACAUACAAAGUUAGCUACACUCCUUUCGAAGAAGGCAGACAUACUAUUGACAUCUUCUAUGACAACAUGCCAGUGCCAGGAUCACCGUUCGUAGUAAAUGUGAGACGAGGAUGUGAUGCCAAAAAGGUCAGAGCUUACGGGCCCGGAUUGAAACAAGGCUUCGUAAAUAAGGCGAACGAAUUCACCGUUGAGACAAAGGGAGCUGGUACUGGAGGUUUAGGCCUUGCCAUCGAAGGACCAUCCGAAGCAAAGAUGACAUGCAAAGAUAACCGUGACGGUUCUUGCUCCGUAAAAUACAUUCCUUCUGAGGAAGGUGAAUAUGACGUGACCAUUAAGUUUGCUGAACAGCAUAUUCCUGGAUCACCGUUUAAAGUUAUGGUCGAGAAGAGCAUCGACGCCAGUUUGGUGAAAGCCUACGGACCAGGUCUAGAACCAUCGAAAUGCCGUGCCGGUGUACCAACUGAAUUCACUAUUGACGCUUCGAAGACUCUGCGCGCUCCAUUAGCCGUUAACAUAAUCUCUGACCAAGGUCCGCUUCCUAAGAAACCAGAAGUUAUUGACAACGGAGACGGCACUUACAGAGUUAGCUACAUUCCACCAGGCGAUGGAGCUAAGCUUCAAGCCCAGAUUACUUACAACAACAAGGAUAUUCCAAACAGCCCAUUCAACAUGAAGGUUCGUCCUUACGCAGAGCCAGACAAAAUUAAAGUCAGCGCAAGCGAGAGCUUCCCUGCAUCUUUGCCAGCUACCUUUAAAAUCGAUACAAAUGAGGCUGGAUAUGGUGACUUGGAUGUUACUGUUAAAGGACCAGAUGGAAGCGUCAGACCAUUAAAAUUAACCGACAACGGUGAUGGAACAUACAACGCAACCUUCGUUCCAGACGAUUGUGGACGAUACAAGGUCGAAGUGCAAUAUGCUGGACAAGAAGUCCCUGGAACACCUUAUAUUCUUCAAGCUUACGCAACUGGAGAUGCUGAAAAAUGUAAGAUCACCGAGGGAGUGCAGAGGAAUUUGAGCAGCGGAGAGGAAUACCGUAUCACAGUAAACACGGAAAAUGCGGGUAUAGGUGCAGUUACGUGCAAAAUCCGCUCAACUUCCGGAAGUGAUUUGGACAUCAAUAUAUUCGACAAUGGUGAUGGAACCUUUACCAUCUUGUACAACGUUCAGGACGCUGGAGAAUACACAAUCAAUUUGAAAUUCGGCGGUCAGACUGUUCCCGGUGGCUUCUACACAUUCACGGCUGAAGAAACUACCAAAACUACUGAGCAGACCGACUGCAUUAAGAAAACAACCACAACAUCGUCGACUACCCAAUCUUCUACCACCAAGCAGGCAUAUCGCUCUGUCCAUUUAGACAACAUCCCAUUACCUACCACUGGAGGUUUAGUAGUUGCCGACAUCAAAAUGCCGAGCGGAAACAUUGAUAAGCCUUUGAUUGAAGACAAUCACGAUGGCACGGUGAGCAUUAAAUAUGAUCCACGCGAAGAAGGCCUCCACGAGCUUGCAGUCAAGUACAAUGGCGAGCAUGUCCAAGGAUCGCCCUUCAAGUUCCACGUUGACUCCAUCAGCUCUGGUUACGUGACCGCUUAUGGGCCAGGACUUACUCACGGCGUUACAGGAGAACCCAGCAAUUUCACCAUUUCCACCAAAGGCGCUGGUGCUGGUGGUCUGUCCAUGGCCGUCGAGGGACCUAGCAAAGCCGAGAUUUCUUGCCAUGAUAACAAGGACGGUACCGUCUCUGUUUCAUACCUCCCAACUGCUCCUGGUGAAUACAAGAUCUCUGUCCGCUUUGGCGAUAAGCACAUCAAGGGUUCACCAUUCAAUGCUAAGAUCACCGGAGAAGGAAGGAAGAGAAAUCAAAUUUCCGUCGGCUCCUGCAGCGAAGUCUCAUUGCCUGGAAAAAUCUCCGACGCUGAUAUUCGUUCUCUUAACGCUUCCAUCCAAGCACCAAGCGGCUUAGAAGAGCCUUGUUUCUUGAAGCGCUUACCGACUGGUAACAUUGGUAUCUCGUUUACACCAAGAGAAAUCGGAGAGCACGUAGUAUCUGUGAAGAAACUAGGAAAGCACAUUACUAACUCUCCAUUCAAAAUCAAUGUCUGCGAACGAGAAGUUGGCGAUGCUAAGAAGGUUGUAGUGUCCGGAGCUGCUCUCAAAGAAGGCAAGACCCACGUAGAGAAUACCUUUACCGUAGACACAAGGAACGCAGGUUUUGGAGGUUUGUCACUCUCCAUCGAAGGACCCUCCAAGGCUGAAAUUCAAUGCACCGACAAGGAAGAUGGUACAUUGAACAUCUCCUACAAACCCACCGAACCAGGUUACUACAUCGUCAAUCUUAAAUUCGCGGAUCAUCACGUAGAUGGAUCUCCAUUUACUGUUAAAGUCAGCGGCGAAGGCACCAAUCGUCAAAGAGAAAAGAUUCAAAGGCAGCGCGAAGCUGUACCAAUCACCGAAGUUGGAAGUCAAUGUAAACUCACUUUCAAGAUGCCUGGAAUCACAUCUUUGGAUUUGAGCGCUACUGUAACAUCUCCCGGAGGAGUUACUGAAGACGCUGUAAUCAACGAAGUGCAAGAUGGCUUAUAUGCCGUUCACUUUGUACCCAAGGAAUUGGGAGUCCACACCGUUUCUGUUAAAUACAAGGAAAUCCACAUCCCUGGAUCUCCAUUCCAAUUUACCGUUGGGCCAUUGAGGGAUCACGGUGCGCAUUUGGUGAAAGCUGGUGGUGCAGGUUUGGAGAGAGGAGAGCAAGGAGAGAUCAAUGAAUUCAAUGUAUGGACCCGUGAAGCUGGUACAGGUGAAUUGGCCAUCUCCGUAGAAGGACCCAGCAAGGCCGAAAUUAACUUCAGCGACCGCAAAGAUGGCUCCUGCGACGUUUCUUAUAAAGUCUCCGAGCCUGGUGAAUACCGUAUCGGCCUGAAAUUCAACGACGAACAUGUGCCUGACUCGCCAUUCAAAGUAUACAUCUCGCCAGCCGUCGGUGACGCUCACCUCCUGGAAGUUGCCCAAUUCCCAGAAGGUAGUGUACAAGCUGACAAACCAUCGCAAUUUAUCGUUCGCAAAAACGGAGCUAAGGGAGACCUCGACGCUAAGAUCAUAGGCCCAUCUGGACACGAGGAAGAUUGUUUCAUCCAAUUAAUAGAUCUUGAAGAGUAUUCCGUGCGUUUCAUGCCAAGAGAAAAUGGCAUUCAUAAGAUCCACGCGAAAUUCAACGGAGUUCAUAUCCCUGGAUCUCCAUUCAGCAUCAGGGUUGGAAAAGACACCGCCGAUCCAGCUGCUGUUCACGCCGCCGGUAACGGACUUAGAGACAUCAAAACUGGUGCGAAAACUGAUUUCAUCAUUGAUACCGUAAAUGCUGGAGCUGGAACUUUAGCUGUUACCAUCGAUGGUCCAAGCAAGGUAUCUAUGGAUUGUACCGAAGUCGAGGAGGGUUACAAGGUGCGCUACACGCCACUCGCUCCUGGCGACUACUAUGUCAGCAUUAAAUACAACAACAAUCACAUCGUUGGCUCGCCUUUCAAAGUGCACAGCGCUGGAGAAGCUGCUCACGUUGAUAUUGGUGCACAGGAAACUUCUUCGGUCGUCGUUGAAACUGUUGCUAAAGUUGGACAGGCAAUUCAACCAGGACCAAAACUACCACAAUUCAAGAGCGAUGCAUCUAAAGUCUCAUCGAAGGGUAUGGGCUUGAAGAAGGCCUACUUGGGUAAACAAAAUCAAUUUACUGUAGCCGCCAAUGAUGCUGGAUCCAACAUAUUGUUUGUGGGAGUACAUGGACCUAAGGGACCAUGCGAAGAAGUCUUCAUUAAGCACACCGGUCGCAAUCAAUACAACGUGAACUAUUUGGUCAGAGAUAGAGGAGACUAUAUUGUCAUCGUCAAAUGGGGCGAUGAUCAUAUCCCUGGAUCACCCUUCAAAGUGGAAGUUUAAAUUCUCAACUACUAUUUUUUUUAUUUUCUAGUAUUUUAAGAUUCUCACUAGCCUUUUUUUUUGUUUUCUCCUAUUUUCGGCUUCAUUAUUAUUAUUCGAUGGAAUGAUUUCCCCGCCAAAUAAAUUGUAAAUAUGAAUACCGAAAUGAUGUUUAUAAAGACAUGUUUCUGGAACUCAAAAGUACAAUGCUUAACAUGACAUGGAGAAAUCAUAUUAAUCGGAUAAUCA